CCCUGAUAUUUCUGACUUCCAAAAUGUAUGCUGGAACAGUUGGGGAAAAACAGUGUGCAAAAUUGAAUGCACGAGUUGUCUUACAAACUAGGGCAUUUGUGCAUAAGUUGCAUCUUGGCUACAAAGUUUCGUUGCGCGUCCUGCAGUGUAAGCUGUAUAUGCUUAAGAGGCACCUGAGGAAUUUGCGGUGCGGGCCAAGGUGGUACGUUUCUGCCUCGUGAGUACACAGGGUGCGCGCUCCUGUCUCCAUAUCACUGACACUUAAAUGAUUCCUCCGGCUCCAUGAGACAGACAUGCGUUACGGAACGCGUACGAGCGGCGAAGAAAAGCACAGAACAUGCCUGACGAUAACCAUCAAAUGACACCAAACACGUGCUGUCAUAUUUAGCUGGUCUGGAUCCAAAAUUAAUUCCUAUCGUAAGCUUUGUCGCGCACCGGAGUGACUUGUUAACACAGCCUGUUUGUGUUUGCACCCUGCAGUCAGUUGCUGGGAACGCACGUUGUAAAAUGAGGUUGGGAAGCAUAAUUUUAUUCGUCGCUCUCUGCUCUUUUACCGCUUAUUAUAUUUAUGAGCCCAUUCCUGAGGAGAUAGAAGAGAGAUGGAAACUCAUGCUGACCAACUCUUUCUUCAGAAGUCUCAGCCACCUGGCAGACCUCAGUGAGUUACUGGGGCUGAAGGACUACAUGGAUGUGAUGUACUUCAUUACUCUGGCUGAAAAGAUAGUGCCUGUGUCUGACGAGCAUGUCAUGGUCACAGAGGAGAAGUUUGAUGGAGUGGAGGUGGUGCUGUACCAGCCAAAGCAGCGGGGCGGUGACAGUGAGCUCAGAAGAGCUGUCAUAUACCUGCAUGGUGGAGGAUGGUGUCUGGGGAGUUCCCGGAUGAGUCCGUAUGAUCUCCUGGCCAGAAAAAUGGUCACUGAGCUAGAUGCUGUGGUUCUUUCUGUAGAGUACCGCCUUGCCCCCGCUCAUCACUUCCCUGUCCCAUAUGAGGAUGUAUAUCAUGUGGUCAAACACUUCCUCCAGAAGAGGGUGCUGGCCCAGUACUCUGUGGACCCAGGACGUGUUGCUGUGUCUGGUGACAGUGCUGGAGGGAACCUGGCAGCUGCUGUCUCCCAGCAGUUACAAAAAGAGCCUGGACAGCAGGUUCACUUGAAGGCCCAAGCACUCAUCUACCCUGUGCUGCAGGCUCUGGACCUUAACACGCCUUCCUAUCAGCAGAAUCAGGACAUGCCCAUUCUGCCCCGCACCCUCAUGGUGCGUUUCUGGAGCGAGUACUUCACCAGUGACAAGGCCCUUUUCAGAGCCAUGAUGGCCAACACCCACAACAACCCUGAGUCUUCCAGCCUGCUAAAGUUUGUCAACUGGAGCGCCUUUCUGCCAGAAACAUAUCAUAAAAAAUACAACUACAGUGCUCCAGCUGUGGUGCAUGGCGACGGAGGGGAGGCAGUUGGGAUAAAUGGAAUAUCUCGAUCUUUUGCUGACCCGAGGGCUUCACCCUUGCUGGUUCCAGACACGGCCUUACACUCUUUGCCCAAGGCCUACAUUCUGACAUGUGAGUAUGAUGUUCUUCGGGAUGAUGGGAUCAUGUAUGUCACACGGCUCCGUGCUGCUGGUGUUGAGGUGACACAUGAACACUAUGACACAGGAUUUCAUGGAGGGCUGAUGUUCACCGUGUGGCCAACUGACUUCCUGAUUGCACGUCGUAUGACAGACAACUAUAUCAAAUGGCUCAAGGAAAACUUGUAAAAACUCUUGACUAUAAGUAUUCAUUCCAGUUUUUCCACACAGUGCUCCAGUGUUUGGUUAGGUGCAAAUUUUUCACUUUUUUUUUUAAAAUUUCUUUUUUGUUGGUCAUACUAUUUCUCAGUAAAUAUAUUGGGAAAUACACUAACUUCCUCUUUUAAUUUUACCAUGUUAGUAGGAAACAUGAUUUUGAAAGAAUUAUAUUUUGGCCCAUAAGAUGGUUUGAUUACAACACAAGGCAUUGUGUUUUUUGUCCAACCCAGAGAGAAAUUUUGUGAUAUUCCACAGUAAGUGUUGUGUUGUAGAUGGUGGUAGCUGGCCUAAUGUGGGGCUGCUUAUUCUAGUUUCCAACCCCAGGACCUGCCACCUCUUUAUGUCUAGUGCAUCAGUAUCAAUACCAUAAGUUAGUAUUGCUAAUGCUAAUGCUAACUAUCUUAUUAGGGGUUUUAAGAAUCCAGUAUAAGGCAAAGUAGGAAAGGAUUUUCACAAUUCAGUUUGGCCAAAGUUAACAUUUUUCACUUAGGGCAACUGUAACUGUAAACCUAAGAUUGGCAUGUGGUUCUGUUAAAUACAGCAACAUUGUUUUUCCCAAGGACAGAACUAGCCCUUUGUUGUGUAACCCAUGGAAAUGUGGCACACAGGCAGAUGCUUGCUGGUAUGCUAAAUUAUUUAAAUUGCAGAGUGAAUUGUAUUUUCCUCUACACAAAAUCUUUCUACAUCUAAUCUAAUUUCCACAUUCUUUCAGAAGUAUUAUAAUUAUUUCAGGUCUUGUUUGUUUCACAAUGGCAGCACAUUAGAGUUACACAAAAUGGAAAUUGAUGAGCCACAUUCCGUAAAGUAUUGGUAUUUUUAAGUAAAGACCAUGCUGUAACAAUGUGCAUACCUUCAAACAUUAUUCACACCAUGUAGAACGCACAUUUAGUGAUUGGGCUUAGCUGAGUGUGAUGUAGCAAUAUGGCAAAGAGAGGGAUAAUGUCUAAUAGGGUAUUGGGCAACAUUUUAUUUGGAGCCUUAAUCCUUAUAGCACACCUCAUGUCUCAGCAUCUCAAGAGUCCCCUUUAACAAAAUUAAUAGGUGUGUGUGUGUGUGUGUGUGUGUGUGUACUACCCCCUUCUUUGUUCACGCAUGAUUUUAUCAUAGUGUGAGGAAACAACUUUAUGUGUGGUAACCAAAAAAGUCCAGUCAUUUGGGUAUAUUUACCUUCUACACGUAAACAACAAAUACGCUAGUAUGGCUCCCAAAAUAUAAUAUUGUGUAAUGAAUAUAGGCAAUGACACAAAGGCAACUUUGCUGCUGUUAGAUUAAGUUCAUGAUAAAAUGUAUAAUAUGGAACCAUGUGUAAACAGGAGAUUAUAGUCAGGCACUAAGACUAUCUCUGAUCUCCAGGUAUGUCCUGGAGAUCAGAGAUAGUCUGCACAUAGGGUGGAGAUCUAAAAUACACUGCAACAGGAAGUAUGUCACUUUUUUAAGAGCUUUACAGCAGUUUUUUUGACAGAGAAACCUGGUUAAUUUGCUUAUGCACUGCUACAUUCUCCAUUGUAAAUAUAACUACUUCUGUUUUUGUUUUGGAUUCCCUCUCGGAGCACUAAUGAUUUGCAUAAUUUUUUAUUUGAAUGUUAUCUGUUAAUAAAUUGACUUUACCUUGAA